AUGAACACAUUAAGCUCUAAUCCUAAAAAAACAAUGUUUUACGCUGCUGCAUAAAAUAUGUUAAAUUCGAACCAAUCCUCAAUGCAAAACCUUAAACGCAGCUUGUUUUAAUUAGCCUUGUUUCCAUCAAGCCAUCAAAAGGAUCAAUUAAAUUUGUCUCUAAACAAUAACUCUGAUCGAGCAUAAGCAAACUAUUCUCUCCCAAGAAAAAGCAAUAUAUUCUAAAAUGAUAGGGAUCGAUCGUUAUCUUAUAAAUAAAAUAUUUCAAUGGAAUAAAAUGGAUCAGUAGAGAGAUUAUAAAAUGCCUAUAAUAUUAAGGGACAUUUUUAAUUGAUGAAUGAAGAUCCAAAUUAAAUAGUAGAGAAAGAAUAAAAAAAAUUAGAGUUGAAGGAAUAUUUAUUAAAACAAAUUGAAGAAAAAAAGAACCAACAGAAAUAUGAAUAAGAAAGGAAAAGAAUCGAAGAUGCUAAGGCCGAGUAACUUGUAAAGAAACAAUUAGAAGAGAUGAGAGCCAGAUAGCAUUCUAAAUUUGAAAAUUCAAAUAUAUAGUAAUCUUAAGGUAGUAUUUGGUUGAUAUAUUAUUAUAUAAGAAAAACCCAGCAUAAUCAAUAUAAACAAAGGCAAUAUAAUAAUAAUCUAUGUCACCUUAGAAAGAAGGCAUAUUCAUUCUCAUAGCAGACUGACAUCCUUUAAAAAAUUAAUCAUCUCCAAAAUGAUAUCAAAUCUCUAUAAAUUACUUAAUAAUAAUAAAAUGAUGUAAACUCAGUGAGAAAUAAUAUUAAACUAAUGAUGAAGAAACAAAGCUCUAUGAAUCCUGAACAAAUUAACAAAAUUUAGAAAAAAGAUGUUUAAUAAUUGAAGGACAGAUAAUUGGAUUGUGAGACAAUCUUCAUUCCUGCUAACUUAAAAUUGAACACUGAUGUUGAUAUCUUAUAAUAAAAUGAAAAUACUGUUUAAGAUGUAAAUAAAUCAACUAACAGUUUGAAUUUUACAAAAAGCUCGUAAAAUUAAUUAAUUUUAAAUAACACAUCUGUAAUUAGCAAUUAACUCAAUAACAUUUCUUUAUAAUAAGUCAAUAAUUAAAUAGUAAACCACUCAAGACUCACUAUCAGUUAGAUAUCUUCUAGAAAUAGGUCGUUAUCAUAUGAGAAAUAAGUUUUACCUGAAGCCAUAUAAAUAGACAACACCCAAGAAGAAACUAAAUUAGUUUAAAAACAAAAAAAGCCUAAAUAAAAUAAUUUGUAAUUAAAACUUCCACAUAGAACAACGAUGUUGAUGUAGAUUCCUUCAAAAAACUAAAUUUAAACUUAAAAAUCAGAAGAACCAAAAUCAUCCUAAAGAAAUUGA